CGAAUGCCGGCCACUUUCCGCUGCUCGCCGGGCUUCGCGCGUACUGCGGGGCCGUCCAAUGUGACCGUGGACGUCACAGCCCCCCGCAUGGAAGGCACCGUCCUGCCGCUGGACUCGAUGAGCGGCCGCAGGAAGAAGCCCCUCAAGCUCGGCCGCCGCCAGGCCAAGCGCGCCCACAACCUGGCGCUGCUGGCCGUCGCGGGGCUCGACCUCUUCCGCGAGGGGCUCAUGCUCGACGGCGUGUACCCGCAGCGCCAUACGCCGCGGCAUCCCGCCGUCUCGCCCAACCUCAAGAGCAUCCCGGAGGACGAUGACGCCGUCGCGUUCCACGCCACGACCGACAGCCAGGUGAUCCUCAUCCUGGGCGACGCGCUCGACCGGCGCGGAGAGGUAACGCCACUGGGAGCCACGCGCAUCUCCAGGGCCGCCGAGCUGUACUGGGACACGAUGAAAGUCUACGCGCAGCACCAAGCCAACGCCUUCUGCUACCUCGUCCCAACAGGAGGGGAGAACGAGAGGGAGGGGAUCGUGCAGACGGAAGCUAUUCGCAACGAACUAGUGGAGGCGGGCAUCUCUCCGCACCACAUCAUGAUGGACUGCUCCGCUACGACUAUGAUUGACAACGUGAUCCAGCUCAUUCCGUCGCUGCGGCACCUGCGCAUCGAGCGCGUGCACGUUGUCACGUCCAGCUUCCAGAUUCCGCGCGCCAAGCUCAUCGUCGACAGCAUCUUGGGGGCCGUGCCGGACAUGACCUUCACGGUGGCCUAUCAUGCUGCCUUUGAUGUACUGAGCGAAGAAGAGCGCGCGAACCGCGAGGCGGCCGAACUGCGCCUUAUGGAGCGCGUGCGAGAGCCGCUGAACGAAGUGCUUCGCGCCAUGAAGAAGCAGCGCCGCAGCUCCAUCGCGAGCACCCGAAGCGCCGACAGCUCGAGCAGUCAGUCUCGUAGCGCGUCGCCUAUGGCGUAG